UCGAUCCCCGACCCCGACGACACACACGGGCCGUGUUCGGUUCGGUUUUCCGUGAGUGUGACGAGAGUGAACGAGAGAGAGAUCGGCCUGACGGCAUCGCGUUCGCGAGGUGUUUUGCGAACGAUCGAAACAGUUUUGUUUCCCCUCCCCUCCGCUAUCUUCCGUCCGUUUUCGGUGGUGGCUGACACGAGGCUGAAAGAGUGAGGCGCGUAAGCAUCCCAUACCGUGCAGCGAUGUCGGACACACGGCGACGUCGUAAGUCCAAUCAGUCAUGCGGCUCUGACGAUCUCUCGGACUCGUACGAGGAGCUCAACGCGACGAAGGAGACCCAGAGUAGCGAACAGACUGAUGGACAUCAGGAUUCGGAGUGUGAUAUUUAUGAAAGUGACUCUGAUGCCGAAUCACAGGAAGGUGGAGAGCAACGUGAGAGUGGGGAUGGGCAGGAAGAAGAGAAACCGCCGAAGAAGUUGGACGACGACGAGGAUAGACGUAACCCACAGUACAUACCGAAACGAGGAACCUUUUACGAACAUGAUGAUCGUACGACCGAUGAAGUAACUGAUAAUAAUACAGAACAGCAGGCAAAUGUGAAGGAAACCAAGGAGAAGAAGGUAUGGAAGGACAAAGAAGAUAGAUGGGACCAUGAUCGAUAUAAUGAUGAGGAGCAAGCUCCAAAGAGACCCGAGGAGUUGAUAGCGACAUAUGGUUAUGAUAUUAGAAAUGAAGAAGGGCCACCUAGAGCUAGAAGGAGAAGGAGAUAUGGUCGUGGACCAAACAAGUACACAAGGAAUUGGGAAGAUGAAGAUGCUUAUGGAAAAACUAUACCUGGUAGAGGAAACAAUAGACGCUUCCAUAAAAAUAACGAAGAUUUUCCUGCUCUUGGUAAUAGUAAGCAGAGCACUCCAAGCAAAGUAGAAGAACCUGUGAUUUCAUCAGCUUGGUACAGCAGCAAAAACAAAACACAGAACAAAACUCAAAACUUUCCGCCGCUUCAGGCCCAGCAAGAUAAUGCAAAAACCAAGCCUGUUACCACCUCUAAUACAUCCACAAAUGAAAAUAAAUUAUUGGAUGAAUCUAAUAAUACAUCUUGGAAAAAGGAUGGUAGACAUGUUACUCAGAAUCAAAGUACAAACGGAAAUACCGGUUCUGGCGGUGAGGCGGAUAAAUUAGCUAAUGCUAAGCCAUCGCCAAGGGAGAAUAACAAGAGGAACACUCAAGAGUCCGUAAGCUUGGCCGCGAGUAGGACGCGUGGAAGAGGUUUCAAGCCCAAUCCUAAUAACAACAUGGUCACUAACAGAAUAGUUGAAAAUAAAUCGAAGGGACGUGGUCCAGGUCCGGUUACAGUAGAGAAUAGAAGAAAUAAUACCACGCAGCAUAACGAAGAGCAUCAACUUGCUCACGAUAUGAAACAACAACUUAACAUUAAUGAUGGUAGUCAAUAUCAUCAACCUGCACGACACAAUAAAGGUUUUUUCACAGCUCCCAACCAACACAGAUCAAAUACAGUACCACCUAGAAUGCAGCAACAACAGCAGCAACAGCAACAACAAUCACAUCAACAACAAACACAUUCAUCACAGCAGACAAUACAGCAACAGCAACAGGAUAGUUCUGGAAACAGACCUAAACGAUAUUCCAGUCUUCGUCAACGACCUACUAUUUCGGAAACUUCCGCGCAACAAAAUUAUCCAUCUCAACAUGCUCAACAUGGGUAUUUUCCACCUCAAGCUGGAAAUUCAAGAGCCGUAUUAGAAUCCCAAGGUUAUCCUCAAAGUCAUUUCGAGCAGUCUUCUCCAGUCGCUCCAACCGCAGCACCCUUAGCAGGUCAACCUGUUAUUUCUUUACCACCUGGUGGGCAAGCUAAUUACGCGCCACCACCGUUCUUAGUACCACCACCGCAAUUUAUACCACCUCAAACAGCACCUCCUAGUAUAAUUAAUUAUGUUCCCGGUCCAAAUGGUCCAACGUUUCCACCAAAUUUUCAAGGUUAUCAGGGAUACAACCCUUCGGUACAGCCUCAGGGUCCACCGCCACCUCAAGAAUUAUUCCAACCGCAAGGGUGUACUUAUUAUAGUCCUGCACAGCAGCAGCAGCAACAGCAACAAACAGCUCCUUUACGACGACCAAAGGCAGCGAUACCUAUUCUUCCACCACCUGAUAAUCAGCAGAGCAGAGGAAGAGGCAGAACCACUCAACAGUAUCAGCAAAAUAAUCAAUCUGGUGGUGGUAAUAUACAACAAAUUGAACAAGAAGUCAAGAGUAGUAACAUGGUGGAAAGUGACGAGAAACCCGUGCCGGGACAAUUCGACAGUGCGCAAGUUGAGCACCCGAGCCCGAUACCGAGUAUUCAGGAAUCCCAGAAGAAUCAAGCUCCAGAUGUAGUCAGAACUGUGAACGAUGUAGACGAGAAAAUUGAGUCGAUCACAAAUGUCGACACUCCUAUGAAAAUCGACGCGUCACCAAUUAAAAAAGAUAAUCUGGAUGAUAGCGUCAGUGUUAAAGAACUAUUAGAAGCAACUUCUAACGAAAAGAACACGGUUUCGCACAGUCCAACGACAUUGGCUAGCGUCGAGACUGAAUUAGGUAAUAUCGAAUCCACGAUUUCCGAAAAUACUAUUGUCGAGGAAGCUGCAGCCUAAAGAACGUGAUUAUUAUUAUUUGCGCUUCGUAUUCACGUAACGUUUCCCCAUUUCGCGGUUUACCGCGAAUUGAAAUGUUUUACUUCAAUGGAUAUGCGACACGCUCGGGUGAAACAUUGCUUUAAAAGUUAGUUCAUUCAUAUAUUCAUAAUCGUAUAUUUAUUCUGUAAUGCAAAUGCGCAAUCUUUUGCUAUAGGAUCAGAGAUGCAGAAUAAUUAUUAAUGAAGCCAAUUCACAUUCGGGAAGGUGCGUUAGCGAAUGCACUAUAUUUUAUAACAGAUCAAGAUAUAUUAAAAUUAUGCUCUCGAACGCAGUUACCUACAGUAAACUAGUUAUCUGACAUGUACAUUACAUUAUGCAGCUUUAAAGCCCGCCACUAUAGCUAUUUAUAUAUCAGUUUAAAAGCGAAAAAUCAUAAGUGAUUUUUUGCUUUUAUCCCGUGAUUUCUUUUUUGUAGUAUUAUGAUUUAUUUGAUCAUUUAUGUAAUUAAUUUUGUAUAAUUAAAAUUAAUUAGUUUUUUUACUAGUACUGUUGAAGAUACUUAUGCAGUACUUUAUAUGGUAAAAAAACAAUACAAACAAUGUAUAUGUGUAAAUUGAAUUAUUAGAAAAAAAAAUCAUUUUAGUAAAGUGAAAAAGAAAGAGUUCAUAUAUUUCCCGAUAUCUGUGUCGUCGGGAAAUUUUUUGCGACUUUAUUGAAACUGAUUUUUGUGAUGAUGCAACAUGACUACAGUGACGGACUUGAAGCUCUGAUAAUUGCUUAGAAAUAAAUAAAUUUUUUAAAGAAAUUGAUACGCGAAUAUAAUGUUAUUAAAUAUAAGUUUAAAGCAUAUAAAAAAAGCAUAUUUACUUAUGGAAACUAUAAUCCGUAUUUGUAAUAUCUAAAAUAGCCUCAUAUAAUGCGCUGACAUUAUUGCCUGGAAUACGAAGUAUCGAUAACUUUUUCAUAUAUGAAGUUUACCUAUAACUGGUCACUAUUUAACAAAAAGCGGUAUUGUGUACCAAUGUAAUAUAUUUGGCAGCUGCACGAGCCAUGACUGUAACACGAUGUGUAUGUAUGUAUACGUAUAUAUGUGUGUGUGCGUGUGCGUGCAUGUGUGUAUAUACAUACACACACACACACACACACACACACACACACACACACACACACUAUACAUACAUAUAUAUGUGUGUGUGUAUAUACAUACAUACACACUUUUUUCAAUGUUAUGACUACUUACAGUGCAGAAACGUUUGUAGUUAUAAUAUUAAAAUAUAUUUCAUUGAAUAACGUAAGUGUGCAUCUCUUUGUACGUAUACAGAAAUUUUCUCUUUUUACACACAAUUGGGAUACAUACAAUUGAUUAUUCUUUCUAUCUACCUUUUUUAUAUAUUUCUGUGCUCUUUUCUCUUAACUUUGUUCAAAGAGAAACUAAUUUACAGUUAGCUUUAUUUUAUUCUAUAUUUACAAAAUAUAGAAAACGUGAGAAAGCAACAGGAAUGAACAGCUCUAAUGUCUAUUUACUUUUCUCAUAUUAUGCGAAGUCUUUUAUUAUAUUUUAUUUACACGUUUUAAGUUUUGUAAACUGACCAUUUUUGUUCUAUUGAAGUAUAAAUUGGUUGUUAUAAAGAUAAUAUAGAAAUAUUUUUUGCGACAUUAAGCAUGCAUCUAAGGUCUAACUCGAAUAUACUAGAGUGGUUAAUCAAUGAAAUAAGAUUAUUUUCUAAAUAUAUUUAAAAAACAGCGAGAGAGCGCAUUGAGGCGAAAUGUUCAAUUAAUUUUGUUUUACCAUGAUUAAUUACGUCUAGAAGUAUAAUUAUGGCUGAAACAAAAUUGUAUGAAAAAAAAGUGAAAUUAUAACGAUAGGAGAUUUAUACAUGGUGAACGACACUUUUGCGCAAUAAUAAAAUAUAAAAUUUAAGUGGAAACGAAGCGAGCAAGAACACGUCACAUUCGCUGUAGUAUAUUGUACAGUUUAUAAAAACUAAUACCGUUAGUAAUAACUUUAUAUAAUAUAACUUUAAGCUUUAAACGUUUAGGAGGGAUUACAUACACUUUAUUAAACUUUGUAGAUAUAUUUUCAUUGAUAUAUCGAAUGUAUUAUAGGAAAAAAAAUAAAUACUUCAAG